AUGCUUUAGUCUUUUUUAAAUUGCUUCAGAAAGUAACGAAAGUUUAGCUUAGAGCGAGAUUAUGGAAAGGAUAUUUUAUCUUCAGUCUAAGACAUUUUACCAUCUUCCUUUUAAAAGCAUUAUAAUAACAAGUAAAAUAUCAAAGAAAAUAGUAAGUCAUAAGGAAUUAUAAGCAGCAAAUGAUAUGAAUAGAUUAAGCUAAGAAUAAGGGAUAUUUUCACCAAAUCCAUCUUAAACAAAUAUACGUUUGAACUUUUUAGAAAAUGUUGAUGAACAGUUUUUAAAAAAUGAAAAUUCUUAUUAUUGCUAAUUUUCUUUGGAUUAUUUUGGAAUGAAUAACAAAUUGAGACAAUAUUGCAUUUUAAUAAAUGAAUCUCGUGUUUUUUAAUAUGCUGUGUAUAUAUUUGUAUAAUUUACAAACUAUAAUUAGACAUCAUUUUGUAUAAUCAUUUUGAUAAUUAAACCUUAUAAUAAUGAAGAAAGUGGAUUUGGGCUUAGUCUGAAAGAUGAUUAAAUCUAUAGUAUUUUGAUUGCAGCAGAUGUAAUAUUUUGCAUCCAUCAGGUUAUUUCAAUAGUAUCAUAUGGGUAAGAAUAAUUUCUAUAUUUAGAUUAUGGAGUUGUAAAUAUGGGUAUUAUAGAAACCCUAUAGCAUUUAUAAAUGGAAUUGCCUUAUUUUUUGCAUUAUUUUUAAGGCAAUCUUACUUUUAUUCUUUAAGAAUACUAUUCUUACUUGAGUAUUUUGUGUAAUACAAAAUUUUAAGAAUAGUUCGAAAAUUUUGUUUAACAAUAGAGCAUUCAUUUAUUUCAAUUUUUUAUAUAACCAUAAUAAUUUGUUUCUUCUUUUAUGUUUUUGCUGUAAUUGGAUUGUAAAUAUGGACUGGAAUCUUAGGAAACUAUUGCAUAAAUUCAAAUAAUGAGGUAGAUUAAUAUCCAACUCGAUUAUGUGGAUAUGGUAGAAGUUGUUCAAUUGGUUAUGAAUGUAAAUUGGGCUCUUAUGAAUAACCAUAUAUUUAAUAUUCACAUAAUUUUACUAAAUUUGAUUAUAUCUAAUAAUCAAUGUCUAGUUUAUUUAUUGUUCAUUUUAUUGAAGGAUGGGUAGAAAUAGAAUAAAAUUUAGCUGAUUCAUUUAAUAAAUAUAUGAGUACAGGUUAUUUAUGGACAUAUAUUUUUAUAAGUUCAUUCUUUUUAUAAAAUUUGGUUGUUGCCAUAUUACUUAAACAAUCUCAAUAUGAAAUGCAUUUAGAUGAUCCAAUUUAACCAAUUUUAUUUUUUAAUAGUCAUACUAAAAUCUCUUUAUCAACUGAAAAAAGAAAGACUGUUUUUUAGACACCUAAUUAUCUUAGUAAAAGUAAACAAAGAGUUAUAAUAAUGUUGAUGAAUUCAACUAAAAGAAGCAAUGAAUCACGAAAAAUAAGAAUAAUGAUUAAAUCUAUUUUAGGAUCAAAAAUAACUCAAUAUUUUUAUAGUAUAUUAUAUUUAGCCAAUCUUUUUGUUUUAUCUCUAAAUGAUGAAUCUGCAUCUAAAAAUGAUUUAGAAGGAACAUUAGCUAAAGUGAAUGUAUUUUUUUUAGUAAUUUACUUAAUUGAAGACAUAGCUAAAAUUUAUAUAUGGAAAUAAAAGGAAAGUAAAAUUAUAAUUGUUAUGGAAUUUUUAUGUGAUUUUGUAUGUUUAGUAGUUCAAUUAAAUUAAUUAGGACAUCCAUUUAUUUUAAAUACAAUUAAAGGAAUAAGAUUAUUAUGGGUUUUUAACUAAUAAACAAAUUGGUCAAAUUAUAGAGUUUUAUUAUCAGCUCUUUGGAAAUCUUUCAAUAAUAUUCCCAUAAUGAUUUUAAUUUUAUUUGUUUAUGGAUUAGUGAUAGGUUUAAUGGGUAGAAACUUUUUUGCUGGAUAAUUAAGAUUUAAUGAACUAGGAUUUUAUGAUUUAAAUGGUUCAUAUAUUCCAAGAGCAAAUUUUGAUAGUAUGAGAGAAACAAUCACAUCAUUAUUUAUAAUAAUAUGUUCAGAUUAAUGGUAAACCAUAUAUUAUACAACUUUGGAAACAGGAUCUUGGAUUCCAUAUGUUUUUUUCAUUUUUGUUUAAUUUAUAUGCAAAUUUUUGAUACUACCUUCAUUUUUGACUUUAAUGCUUGAUAAUUAUGAAGAUGCUAAAAAUGAAGCUGAUCUUUCAAAAGCCAGAGCAGCAAAAGUUAUUUCAACAAUUUAGAAUAAAUCUAGAAUUGUACCUACAAAGGAAACUUCUUUGUUAUAAGUUAGUAAUUCAUAAUCUGAAAAAAAACGUUUUUUUGGAAGAUUAUCAAAAAUAUCUGAUGAUAGCGAAAAAGAAGAUGAUAAUUCUAAAUCACAUUCAAUAUUGAGAAGAUAAUAAUCGAAAUAUUAUUAAGUUUAAAUUUUCAAAAGUGGAGAAGAUUCCUAAGUAUUACCUAAUGCAAUUUCACAAUAGAAUUUUAAAUAAUAUUUAAUUAACUCUUCAAUGUUUAUAUUACAUAAUAGAUCAAAUUUAAGAAAAAAAUUACAUUAUUUUAUUUAACACAAAUAUUAUGAUUGGGGAAUGAGUUUCAUCAUCUUAUUAAAUUUAAUUUUAUUAGGAUAUGAUAAACCUCUCAGAUAACAUAAUUUAACUCUAGAUGUAUUUAAUUAUAUCUUUACUGGUCUUUUUAUAUUAGAUGCUCUAAUAAAAAUCUUAGCUUAAGGUUUCUAUUGGAAUAAAUUAGAACCUCAAAAAUCAUAUAUAUUGAACAAUAACAAUUAAUUAGAUUUUGUAAUCCUGGUUGUUAGUUCAAUUGAUGAUCUUAAUAUUUACUAGAACUAAUAUCUUAAAGCAUUUAGAGCUCUGAGGACAUUAAGAAUUUUGAUAACGUUAAGAGUAAUUAAUUUUGAUAUAUAUAGAGAGGUUCAUAAAAUGAAUAACUAAAUUUGAUUUCCAGAUCUUUAUUAUAAACCAUCUCAUUGCUUUCUUCAAUGAUUUUUGUUACUGGUGUUAGUCUAUGGAUUUUAAGUAUUAUUUGCAUGACAAUUUGGAAGGGUAAACUCUACUUUUGUUCAUAAGUAUCACUCAAAGAGUUCAAAGAAAUCGUCACUUCAGAAGACUGCUUAGCCAAAGGAGGAUAAUGGAUUAAUAAUAUUAGCAAUUAUGAUACACUUUAAGAUUCUCUGCUUUGUCUCUUCAGAUUAAUUAUCGGAGAAGGAUGGACAUAAUAAAUGUUUAGUGUAUCAGACAUUACUGAUAGAGGACUCAAUCCUAAAAUUAAUUCAUCAUCUUAAUAUUAGUUAUUGUUUUAUGUAUUGAUUUUUUCACUUAAUAUUGUAUUACUCAAUCUAAUCAAAGGUUUGAUUAUUAACAAUUACAGAACAAUUAAAGAAAAUAUUGCUAAUUUUUCAUAGUUAAAUGAAUACCAAAGAUAAUGGAUACAAUUGAUGCAAAUAAUGCAAAAGAAAAAAUUAAUCAAUAUCAUCCCUAAACCUUAAAAUAAAUACAGAGUGUUAUGUUAUCAUUUGGCUAAUAAUAACUAUUUUGAGUUUGUAAUUUUAAUUUUACUAUUAGCCAAUUUAAUUUUGUAAUUAUUCAUAGUUAUUUAGUUGUUCAACUUUUAGUGGUAAAUAAAAUUCUACAACACAAGAGGCAUUAUUUGGAAUGAAUAUUUUCUUUAUAGUAAUUUUCCAUAUUGAAUUGUUCAUAAAAUUACUGGCUUACUGGGUGCAUUUUUUUAGAGACAUAUUAAAUAAGGUUGAUUUAAUAGUUUUGAUAAUGACUGAUAUUCUGUUAAUUUUAAGAAAUAACUUUGAUUUACCUAGACUCUAUACAAUUCCUCUUAUAAUCAGAUCACUUAGAAUCAUUAGAGCAAAUAAAUUAUUUAAAUUCAAUAAGUAAUUGAGAGUCCUUAUAGAUGUAAUCUAAGAUCUGAUACCGACUUUAUUUAGUGUUAUUGUUUUUAUAGCCAUUACAAUAAUUAUUUAUUCACUAAUAGGUGUUUAAGCAUUUUCUACUAUUUGGAGCACUUCAUCAGAUCCACAAUAUCCAUAUACUAUGGAAGAAAAUUAAAGAACUAAAUCAUUUUCAAAUUUCUUAGAUGGUGUUUUGAUUUUAAUCGAUAUAUCAACUGGUUAAUAUUGGUCUUUGUAUAUGACAGAUUAUACAAUUGAUACUUAGGGCUGUCAUACUUAAACUCCAGAAUAAUUAUAAUUAGAAGGUGCCAGAGGUUGUAGUACAAUCUUUGGUUACUUUUUCUUUAUCAGUUAUCUAGUGUUAAUUAGAAUUAUCAUGACUUCAUUAUUUUUAGCUAUGAUAAUUGAAUCAUAUUAAGAAUGUCAAUUAGAAAAUACAGCAGCUAUAAAUCCUUAUUAAUUAGAAGACUUUUUACUUAAAUGGUCUGACUAUGAUCCUCAAGGUACAGGUUGGAUAACACCAGAAGAUUUUGCAUUUUUGAUGUUUGAAAUUAAUCCCCCUUUAGGUUUUAAAGAUGAAAAUUCAUAAUAUUAUGAUUUUACUUCAAGUAAAUUAAGAAAUAAUAUUAUUUUUAGAAAAUCAAAAAAUAAAAUCUCAUUUAUAUAACCAUAAAAAAAAAAUGAGAUUAUUUAAAACAGAAAUAUUUCAAAAACUAAGUGAUUAUCAAGUUUAAAUAUAUUAAAAUUAAAUGGUUCAUUUUAAAGAUAUUUGCAUUCAAUUAGCUUAUAAUGCAAUAAAAAAGAAAAAUGAUCUUAAUGGAAUCGAAUAAAUUGAAGAUAAAAUUAUUCUACGUUAAAUUCGAAAAUCUUGGGAAUCUAGAUAUCAAGAUUUGAUUGGAAAAAAAGCAUAAUAAUUCGCAAUAGAUAUUUUUGCCAUUAAUUCCAUUACUGAUAUUUUGAGAGGGUAUUAAUGAACUUUAUUUAGAGUUAUUGAGAGAAGAAAAAUUAAGAAAAGAAUUAAAGAAAUGUAAAAAGAAAAAAACUUAAAAUAAUUAGAAAUUAAUGAAAAUGCAUAUAUUACAAAUAAAACAAUAAUUGAAAGAUAUAAAGGAAGAAAAAAGAGUUAAAUAAGAAAAAGAGUAUUUCCUUUUGUUUAAAAUAAUUCAUUCAGAAGAAAUAAAUUUAAUAAUGAAGGAGAAUCAGCCUUCCAUCGAACAAGGAAAUCUGGUUAUUAAAAUUAAUAAUAAUAAUAAUAAAAAAUUAAUGAAGAUAAAAGUUGGUUAUCAAAUUUGAAUUUUUAUAUUGAUCCCAAUGAAAUGUGUAAUGGAUUUCCUAUGAAAGUUGUUUAUGAAACACAAAAGAUAGAUUUUCCUCCAAUCAAAUCAGAUAAAAGUUUAGGAACUCUUUAUUUAUCUUAAAGUGAAAAAUAAGUCAAGAAACAGGGAGGUUACAUUUCUGAAAGAUGUUCAGAUGAAGAAAACUAAUAGGACAGCAUAAUUUAAAAUUUCAAGAAAAAUGAUAUGUUUGAAUGA